AUCAGCCUGCUGAAGACCGCCCUCAACCCGGCGGAGGCAGGACGAGGCCUCUACUUCUCCUACGGCGCAGACCUGGCGCAAUUUGUGCUGCCGCUGAUGCAGGGCAGCGUGCACCAGAUCAGCAACCUGCGCUUCCAGACCUCCGUCGCCGACUACACCGGCUCGCUCACCCUCAUCGCGCGCCGAUCCGCCCAGCGCCCCGGUGUGCGCCACUGGCGCCGCGGAGCCGAGCCCACGGGGAAGGUGGCCAACUUUGUGGAGACGGAGCAGCUGGUUGAGCUGACUGCACAGGGGUCGUCCAAUCCCGCGGUAGUCUCUUCCUUUGUGCAGGUCCGCGGCAGCAUUCCGCUGCUGUGGAGCCAGAUCCCCAACAUCAAGUACAAGCCCACCACCCGCAUCAGCCCCCCCUCAGUCUAUGAGCCGGCGUUUGACAACCACAUCAAUGACCUCAUCUCGUCCUACCAGAAUGUGCUGGCUGUGAAUUUGGCCAACCAGAAUGGCAGCGAGGGCAUCUUGGGCAAGGCUUUCAAGGAGGAGGCCGAACGCUUUGCAAAGGUCAAGCCUGGCUUCGAGGUCAUCAGCUUUGACUUCCACAAGGAGUGCGGCGCCACACGCUACGACAGACUGGAGAAGCUGUGGGCGAUGAUCGAGCCGUUUGUGGAGCGUUUCGGCACGUUCCAGGCGAACGGCGAGCAGCGGCGGCAGAGCGGCGUGCUGCGCAUAAACUGCAUCGACUGCCUGGACCGCACGAACGUGGUGCAGGGGUGGCUGGCGCGCAAGCAGCUCGACCGCCUGCUGGCCCAGCUCUCGCUGCUGCCCCAGGGCUCCUCUAUCAAGGAGGCCUUCCCAGAGGUGGAGCGGCAGUUCAAGUGGGUGUGGGCGGACCACGGGGACGACAUAAGCCGGCAGUACGCGGGCACGGGGGCGCUGAAGAGCGGCUUCACGCGCACGGGGCAGCGCACGAUGGGCGGCCUGCUGGACGACGGCGCCAAGAGCAUGACUCGCUACUUCCUCAACAACUUCCGCGAUGGCCGCAAGCAGGACGCCCUCGACCUCCUCACCGGCACCUACGCCAUCGCCAAAGGUUUGUUAUUCUUUUCGAAUUCAAAUUUGAACUUACUCUCUCUGGUCUCUCGCGUGCUGCACCGCGUGUGUGGUGGUGCAUGGGGAAGAUUCACAGAAGGGCUAGAGCCGCAGGACAUGACCAAUGUAAUUAGGUUGUAUUACCUGGAAACAGGCUUCGAAGUGCAUUGGGGAAAGUACGCAGUGGUGAGCAUCGCUUGGAAGGAACGCAAGAGAGAAAUCUUGGGAUCCAGUGCUAAAAUUGGGCUGUGGCUGUGCCUGCAGACAAGCCGUCCCCCUUCAAGGCCUCCUUCACUGGGCUCCCCAUCAUUGCGGUGGCCUUGUUGCUCAUGCUGCUGGCAGCCGUGA